CGAAUUAAGAUCCAUUAACAAGCCUACGUAGUGAGCUUCUUUGGUCAUUUGGGCUUAUCCACGUCCACCCUCCUUGAGCCUUCGUGCCAGAGUUGGCGUGCGUGCAAUCAAAAUCAUGGGGACAGCCGUUUCACAAAAAAUCAAGGAAGAACAGGAAAAAGAGCAACAACAGGCACAAGAAACCCUGGAAAAACUACAGAUGCUGCAAGAGAUGAUGGUUAACAAAGUUGCUGCCGCUACAGCAACGAUGAAGGAUGAAGCACGUCAAAACGGUCAUCUCCCAAUUGUGGCGUUUGUCGACACAUCAGAGAAGUAUUCUGUCAACGUGUCGGACGUGCCCGCUACUGACAUAAAUAACGCAGUGAAGGACUUGUUUGGUGGAAACAUCUUAAAAGGCCUUGAAGACCUCAUCGGCGUGGCCCUCAAAGCGUUAUUGGGAAACGCACAAGCUGGUGCAAGUGAGCAAAAAGAUUUUCACAUCGUCUUUGGCAGCAACUCACUCUUGCGAGUCGACUUCAUGUUUUACAAGUAUGAGUUUUCCUCUAAAGGAGUCAAAGAUGACCUCCAGAAUGGGUUCUGUUACUGUACGCAAACUUCUGUUCUCGACCUAAAGAAGGUGAACCCACAAGUAUUGUUAUAUGAGCUCACACGAGCUAUUGGCCAAGAAAAUAUUUCUGCCGCAGUGAAAGAGCUUAAGACGUUGGUUGAAUUUGGAGAGGAUUUGUACAGCGUCAUCAACGAGUUGAACAAGGCUGCCGAAAAAAGCAAUACAGAUUCCGAUGCAUCUGAUGAUGGUCGUGAGGGAGAUAACGAAGAACGUGAUAAGUAAGAGCCCAAGGAAAAAAAACUGAGCGAUUCAUAACUCAGGCUAUGUAAUUGUUUUCAAGCUCAGCAAAAUAACAUUUUUUGGUAGCGUUUUCCUUGCAUUUGCUUCAAUGUAACCAAGUUUUCAUUUGCUGCAUUUCACUACAUAUAGUGGUGUUGUGAAUUAAGAGAAGGCUGAAAGUCUUACUUAAGCUUGACGGAAGAAGUUGUUAGAGUGCCAUUACAUGUUUUCAGCCUAUUCGGUUUAACGGUAGAAAUGUUUGUAUUAGAUUUGUUUAAAAUAAAACAAUUGCAAAAUCCU